UGCUGGACCCAAAGGAGACAACAUUUAUGAAUGGAGGUCAACUAUACUGGGGCCUCCAGGGUCUGUAUAUGAAGGUGGAGUUUUCUUCCUUGACAUUACCUUUUCACCGGACUAUCCUUUUAAACCACCUAAGGUAACGUUUCGGACAAGAAUCUACCACUGUAAUAUUAACAGCCAAGGUGUCAUCUGCCUGGACAUUUUAAAAGACAACUGGAGUCCAGCAUUAACCAUUUCUAAAGUUCUCCUCUCCAUCUGCUCCCUCCUCACAGACUGCAACCCUGCUGACCCCCUGGUUGGAAGUAUUGCCACUCAGUAUAUGACUAACAGAGCAGAGCACGACAGAAUGGCCAGACAGUGGACCAAGCGGUAUGCCACAUAGGAACCUACUCUAGGAUUUGCUGGACCUGUGCAAGCACAUUCACUAAGUGCAUCAAUAGCCCUUCCCUUCAUUCUUAUUUUUUAUUAAAUUUUAAACCAUUUUGUGACAAAAGGUUGUCCUUACUUUCUUUUUGGUUUUAUUUUUAUUUUUAUUUGUUUUGGGGUUUUUUGUUCUGUUAACUUGAAAGUUGUUUCCCUCAAAUGUAGACAGGGAAUUUUGGUUAUCAGUGCAAAGAAUGUUGGAUCUGUAAUAGUAUAGAGCUUUGUCACAAAGCUUUGUAUUAAUGUGUGGGAUUUUUUUUUCUUUUAUGUGGUUUUUGGGAAAACAAACAAAUUCAGAAUUAUAUCUCGUUUCUACUUAAAUGUAGUGUUUAGGGUUAUUUUUUUGUACUGAAGUCUUUAAUGGUGGGUGCAUGCUACUGGGAACAAGUUUUGUAUAAAAGCUUAAAAUCAAGAAUCACUGUGCAUUACUAAGACUGUGUUUAUCACUAGCCUUCUGUUUCCCACACAAAAGGCUAUUGCGUUGAACAAAUUAAUAUGUAUUUUGAUUUACUUAAAAAAAAAGUGCUUGUAAAUUUCUUAGGGACCUGCCACUUUUGACUGUGGAUCAGUUGAUGUACACUUGUAUUAUUAAAGCACUCAAUAAAACACUGUGGCUGAUAAAUGCA